UCUCGGCCGUUAGAAGGCUGACAGCUCAGAGGUGCCUCCUCGGACUGCUUUAUCAUGAUGACUCUCAUCUCCUCCUCAGGAGUUUUCCUACAGCAAGUCACCAUGUCAGCAGCAGCUGGAAUCAAAGGGCAUCUUCUGUUGGGGGGAAAUCUGAUCCUGUUGCUUUCCCUUGUGACCCUUGCAGCCACUGCCGAUGUGGAAGGAAGCACAACGUCAGCCAUUGGAUACAAGCAGGACAAUGCAGAUGAAAACACAACAGAACCCUCUUUGAUUUCAACACAGUGGCCUGAAGAUGCAAAUACGGAGUCAAACUUCCAGCAAGAGGAUGCACCAACCAAUGGAGAAGAUGCACUUACAACAGAAGCAGUGACAACAGUGGAAGCCCUUACCACUAUCGGCAGUAUGGGAUCCAGUAGUCCUGCAGAGGUUACUAAAGCUGAGCAGUCAUCUGUUGACCAUGAGAAGAGGACAGAUGUUGAGAAGAAAGAUUAUCGUGAUCCAAUUUUCUAUUACGAUUAUCCCUCCCUGCGCAAAUGGGGUCUGAUUGCUGCUGCCAUUCUCUUCAUCCUUGGCAUUCUCAUUCUCACCUGUGGUAAACAAGGAAAAUUCCCAAGAUGCCGAGGAAAGAAGCGGGCAAGAACCUAUGAUGUGACACAGGCCUGAAACCACAUCCUUAUGAGAUGUGAACUGGGACUAGCUUCAGUCUAUAUGUGGAUGGCUCAUGGGGUCACCCUUCCUAUUUUUCUCCUGUAGGGGAAAAAUGACUACCUAGAUCCCCUUAAACCAUUCUGCUCCUUGCCUGACCUUCCAACAUGUCCUUUUUAAUUGGCUGUACAAUAUCUGUCCAUUUCCCCCCUGGCCCUAUGCAUAAGCUAUUCAUAACAUUAAACAAGUCCCCCCGUAGAACCAGAAAACUUGUACAUUCUUACUUCUUCUCUUCAUCCAACCUCAGAUUCAGAAAGACUUUAGUUGGCGUGUGCAUCGUAGGAAUGGGCGUUGCUGCUCCACGCCAAGAAAAACCCCUUUGUGAUAAUUCUGUUCAAAGAAGUCUUCAAGUUCUGUACUUGUAAUAAAAUUUGGGCGAGGUUUGUUUUUUCUUCA